AUGGACCCUCUCCACAAAACCGACUCGGCUAUUUCAGUUGCCUCCAAGGACAAUGGUGUUUACGAUGAACUCUCGGCCUACCACCAAAGUGAACCGCCACCUUCCAAGAGGCUCAGGCCGGAUGACGGCUCUCCACAUCCGGAGAGCUUUCGUCAAGCGUCACCGACAUCACAGCCUGCGGCUUCCCACCAGGAGUCUCUGCCCCCAGUUACACGACCAUCCGUCCCACCCACCAUAGAGAACCUCCUUGCUCCCCUUGAGGACUCACCUCCGCCACUGGCGCAUGGGAGUCCGUCGCUACCUCCUCAGGAGCAUGCCACAUCGCCUCUUGUGGCUAACCAGCAAUCACAAGCACCCCAGUCCUACAGAGUUGACCCAUGGUCCUCUACUGAAAGCCAACAUCCUUACUCACCCCAUCCAGCGGGUGAGUCUAUGAGUGCACCGCGAACUACUGGCGGCGACCAAUACGACCAAGACUCUGUGCAGCAGGCCGGGAACGGCAACAUCGUCGUUGACGAGGACGAACUGGAGUCUGAUCCAGGCUACGAGUCUGACCGUGCCAGCUUCGCCUCGACCUCUCUAUCUAGCAGUGCUCGGGACUAUCUCUUCGAAAAUGGACGGCGUUACCAUAGGUUCAGGGAAGGCAGGUAUAACUUCCCCAACGACGAAGCCGAGCAGGACAGGGAGGACAUGAAGCACGCCUGCGUCAAGAUGCUGUGCCAGCAGCUCUACUUUGCACCACUAGAUGAACGCAAUGUGCAGAACGUCCUCGACAUUGGCACGGGGACAGGGAUAUGGGCCAUCGAGAUGGGUGACCAGCUGCCAGCGGCCAAUGUUGUCGGCAUUGACCUCAGCCCCAUCCAGCCAGAUUGGGUGCCGUCAAACGUACACUUCGUGGUCGACGAUGCUGAGAGCGAAUGGCUGUACCCAGACGACCAUUUUGACUAUGUGCAUUCACGGCACACAGUCAUGGCGAUCAAGGACUGGCCAAAGCUAUAUAAACAGGCUAUGACGCAUCUGAAGCCUGGCGGCUGGAUCGAAUCACAGGAGAUCUAUCACUACCCCAUCUCGGCUAACAACUCGAUGCCACCGGACCAUCCCGUCGCGCAGUACUGGGGGCUGAUCAAGGACGGGCUGGCGAACCUAGGGGUCGACUUCCACGCGGCGGCUGGCGGGAAAAUCGCAAACGCGAUGCACGAGGCUGGAUUUGUGAACAUUCAUGAGCGCGUACUCCAUGUGCCACUCGGAACCUGGGCCAAGCACCCCAACCUGAAGAUGGUCGGCGAGUACUGGAGGCAAGUCCUGCUGGACGGCGCGCAAGCUAUCGCCCUGGGCCCGCUGACCCGGGGCUGCGGUUGGACUCGGGACCAGGUGGAGGUCUUCCUGGUCGAGGUGAGGAAGGCACGCGGGGAUCGAUACCAGCCGCCUAGUGACCCGAGCAGAAAUGACACGAACAUGUGGGACAUGAAUUGA